AUGGCAUUCAGUGAGCUCCGUCAGGGGGCUGCUAGCCGCAGGUUUGGCUACGGCUCUUCCAGUCGCUCUCACCGUCGAGGUUCUGCCUUAUCCAAGAUCAACGGGUUUCCUCCUGUGGAUGAGAACGCAGACACUGUGUCGCCCUCCGCAUCAGGCUCGUGUUCAAGAAGCAACAACUCUUACAAAUCGUCUACAUCCGGCAAUACCUCUUAUGGAUCUGUGACUUCAGCAAGCCGAAGCGCGGCCUACAGGGUCGAUUUGGAGUACAGUUCUAAACGGCACAAGUCAUCCGCCGGAAAGUCAAGCAAGAAGAGCCAGAAGUCUAUGAGAGCGCAUUAA